CGCUAGUGCGCGUGCGCGAUCUCAGCGCGUGCCCGGCCUCCGGCUACUGCCCCAGCCGCCGGGUGGGAGGGGUGGGUCUGGGAACGCUGCGGCGGCCGUGGCCGCGAACCCUGGCAGUCGUUCGCCGCCGCCGCCUCAGAUGAUGGGUCCCGAGGAUGCCGGAGCCUGCUCGGGAAGGAACGCCGAGCUGCUCCCAGUCCCGGGGCCCAUGGGUCAGGACGGGAAGACCGUCCCGGCCACCGGCGGCUUUAGCGGAGGCGCUGUCGCCUCGGAGCCGCCGGAGGAGGCUGGAGAGGAGGAGGCGCCGCAGCCGCGGCAGCUCCUGCAGCGGUACCUCGCGGCGGCCGCGGGCCCGCUGAAGCCGGGGCUCGGCGGGGCGGAGGCGGAGGCGGCGGCGGCGGCGGCGGUCCCCGCGGCGCGCAGCUCAGGCAUGACCAACGGAGACUCGGGCUUUUUGCUGCGCCAGGACCGUCGCGGCCGAACCUGCGGCCGUCCCUGCCUGCUGGAGCCCGCGGACGAGGGCGUGGACGGUGCGGGUGGCCUGGACGACUGGGCCGCGCCGCUCGAGGACCCGCUGCGGAGCUGCUGCCUGGCGGCCGGGGACAGGGACGACCCGGACCCCACAGCCGCCACCUCCGCCGGGAGGGCCGUCGGGAGCGGGGAGCCCUGCCUCGGCCUCCCCGACGCUCGCUUCGGCUCUCGGAACACGUUCGAGGUGAGCCGCCGUCAGAGCGCCGGCGAGCUCCUGCCCUCGGCGGGGCCGUCCGCACCCUUGCCAGCGGCAGAGCAGGGUCCCGGGGGCACCACGGCUCGGGCUCGACGGAGCGGUGGCUUCGCGGAUUUCUUCGCCAGGUAUCGCACUGGCCGCGCGAGGGGCUUGGGCGGGGCCGGGAAGGGGAACGUCUGGACUCAGCUUUGAUCUGUCCUCUAGGGAAGGGGGACCGGAUGGCUUUGUGAGCUCCGGACCUGGAGCCAGUGUUACUCAGUCCCCAGGAAGCGUUGUGCUUCCAGGUCUGACCAGCCUCCUAAAGCUAUGCGUUCAGUUUCUUCACCUGGACCAUCAGAUAACCACUGCCCCUGUAAUUGUGUUACUUAGGAUUUGGACUGGGUGGGCGGCAGUGUAUUCCUACAGGUGUGGUGUAGAAUUAUUCGAAGUUUAUUUGUUUGGAGUGAAGCCCGUUCCAUUAGUUUGGGGAUUCAAGAUUUUUUUUAAAAAAAUUUAACUACACACUUAUUUUGUGUUCAUGUGUGUGUUUGUGUGUGUGUGUGCGCGCGCGCGCGCAUGAGUCCUUGAGAGGAGAUCAAUCUUUGGGCUCUUCCCCUCCCAUUCUCUGGAUAUGGGGGUGGGGGGGAUUCAAUUCAAGUCAAGUCUAGUGGAAAAUAACUUUAUUCAUUGAGCUAUUUUAUGGGCUUAGUUUGGGAAUUCUUAAAUUCAAAAUGAUUCUUUCUCUUUUCCUUUUUUUCAUUUUUGUGGGCUGGUCUCGAACUCACAGAGUUCGGGGCUCGUUUCUGCCUCCCAAGUGCUGAUAUUAAAGGCAUAUUUGUUUGAGUUGCUUUUACUAGAACUCAUGCCUUGUCGGGAGUACACACUUUUAAUACCAGUCCUGCUCUAGAAGGAUGAGACAGGAAGAUUGCCGUGAGGUUGGGGGCAACCUGGGCUACAUAGCUAUUAGUAGAUCUACUAGAAGAUCAGCCAGGGUUACAUAGCAAGACCUUGUCUUUAAACAGAGCAAAACAAACCGAAGCAGGCAGGCAGUUUAGUGCUUAGAAUCAGAUCCACACUUUUAGCUCAGAUUACUACAGCACUCUAGGAAAUUAGGAAAUCCCUCUUCUAGUUAUCUCAGAUAGGCUUUUUCACUCUUCAUCAACUUCCCAACCCUCCAACCCCGUUGUUCAUUGAACUCAGGGACACAAGGCAAGUAGCCUACCUAUGAUGUUACAGCCUCAGCAGCUAAGUUGUGGGGAGGGGGGGAGAGGAGAGAGAGGGAGUGUGUGUGUGUAUUUAUGUGUGAGGGAGGGAGGAGAGG